CAGGCAGGGAGCCCCUCCCCGGCGCAGCUUCUCAGGGCUGCUUCACUCAUGGACGUGCUGUCUCCUGCGUGCUCAGCUCUGGUGUGGCCAUUAGGAACCUGUUUGUCAAGGUGAACUCUGGUCCUGCCCGGCGCUGAGUAAUGGUGUCUGUCUGCAACAGACAGCGAGGGAGGAGGAGGAGGAAGAGGCAGAAGGGAAAGAAGCAGGAAGGCCAAGGAGCAUUGUGCAAGGUUUGCUUUCUAGCCUUCCCGUGGGGCAGGCGACCAGCCCUGCUACAUCAUCUGGCCCUUGAGGGGAUUGCGAGGCUGACAGCAUUUGCCUUUAACACCAGAGCCCCAUCAGGAAAGCAGCUGGUGGAAUCAUCUUCCCUGCAGUCCCUUCACCAAAUGGGACUUGCUACAGCCCCAGAGCAGGGCAUCACAUUGCCCCACUGAGACCAUGGCCGAAGGGCUGAGCCAUGAGCCGGAGGCAGACUGCCCGGUGUGCUGGAACCCCUACAACAACACCUUCCGCACCCCGAAGCUGCUGCAAUGCCACCACUCCUUCUGCAUCGAGUGCCUAGCACAUCUAAGCCUGGUGUCCCCUAUCCGGAACCGGCUACAAUGCCCACUGUGCCGCCACCCCACAGUGUUGCCCUCCGACCAGCCUGUCACCGAACUGCCCACCAAUGCUGCUGUCCUGCGGUUGCUCAGGCUGGAGCCCAACCACAUCAUCCUAGAGGGGAGGCAGCUGUGCCUGAAGGAUGAACGGAAGUCACGCUACUUCCUGCGCCAGCCCCGCGUGUACACCCUCAACCUGGGGACAGAGCCAGGACUGGGGACCAGGGUGGGUAACUCCCAGGCUUCCCCUAGACCAACCCCUCUCCCUAGCCAAUCCACACUGCGGGAGCGUCUCCGUAACCCCCAGUUCCGCAUCUUUGCCUAUGUGAUGGCCAUCAUCCUCAGCGUGAUGCUGCUGCUCAUCUUCUCCAUCUUCUGGACAAAGCAGUUUCUGUGGGGUGUGGGCUGAGGACUUGCCAAGCAAUGGGUCCUGGAACCCAGAUAUCUGCUCGCUGACUACAGAAGACCUCUGCUGCUAGGCAUCAGCUAUGGGCAGAGGAAGCUGUCUACCCUCUCCAGCAUCAUCCUGACAGGCUCUGGCUAAUGGGCUUUACCUGAUUCCUUUUCUGUGAUAACUCCAGUCAUGAGCUACAUGGCGAGGCCCUGGCAGAGCUUUCCAGGUACUAUGUGCAGAAAGCACCAUAGUGGGGACAGAGGUGGUUGCUGGAAUAGUCCCUGUGGCUGGCUCAUGUUUAACACCUGCUCUUCACCUGCUUCCAGUCACAAGGAGUAACAAACUUAACAAUGGAUGGCUAAGACCAUGAGAAGAGAACAUCAGCCAAGGAGGAAAGAACCAGCUCUUUAAUGCACAAUGAAGAUUUCCAGAGGCUCUAGUGCAGUGAUUCUCAACCAGGGUGCCUUGAGAUUCUUUCAAGGAUGUCACUAGGUGCCAGAUAAUGUUAGCGCUGAUAGGUAUGCAAACAUGAUUCAGAUGAUAAAAACAGAGAUUUCAAAUAGGAAUCCAUAGUGUUAAAAACAUCCUGACGUUGUGGUCUUUCUGAGUUCCUUGCAACAGAAGAAUUGCUCUAAUAUUUUUCUGUAAGCUAAAAUCAAGAGAAAACUAAGAGAUGGCAUUUUCUGAGGGGAUCUUGAAUCUAGCAAGGGAUGUCUUGAGCAGAACCACUGCUCGAGUGGGAUUCAAAUCAUUAGGUCCCCAGUGGCAGAUCCCAUGGGGCCUUUGUGUGGGAUGACUGAUUUACUCUACAGGCUGACACCAUCUAUUGUGGCAAACAUCCUGGAGGGGGUGGGGGGAGGUAGAGGCAGUGCCUGAGCUAUUUCUACCAGCUGUAUAAUCAGAUCUCCUACUUGCAGCAAAGACCCUGAAACGACCCUAUUGUGCUAAUUGCUGCACUUCUGGGUGCUACUGAAUAAUAUCAAAC